AAGAGCUGUAUAUAACCUAAACCAGCUUUAUAUCCAGACAACCUCUAUCUACGUUCCUCUGUUUCUCUUUCUCCUUAAUCCUUCUUCAAUUCUUUACAUUGGUACUCACACCCAAAAAAAAGGGACAGUCUUUGAUAAGGUAAAAGAGAUGGGGUUGUUGUUUACCUCUUUCAGUGCCAUAACUUUCUUGUUAGCUAUUGUCUCCGCCGUGAAUGGCUGCUCGGAGUCGGACAGGGCAGCAUUGUUGGCCUUCAAGUCCUACUUGAAGGAGUCCAAUCUGGGCACCUUCAACUCCUGGACGACCUCGGACUGCUGCAAGUGGGACAGCAUCAGCUGCGAUCCUACCACCAAGCGAGUCACGGACAUUUCCCUCCGCGGCGAGGACCCUGCCCUUGUCAAAAAAACCGGACGCUCAGGCUACAUGUCUGGUUCCAUCAACCCAGCCAUUUGUCAGCUCGACAGCCUCACCACCCUGAUUAUCGCCGAUUGGAAAGGAAUCAGUGGAGAGAUCCCUCAAUGCGUCGUCUCGCUAUCAAACUUACGAAUUCUAGAUCUCAUCGGCAAUUCAAUUUCCGGUGAAAUCCCACAGGAGAUAGGAAAUCUCAAGAAGCUCGUUGUCUUAAACCUCGCCGACAACAAAAUCGCCGGCCAGAUCCCAAGCUCGCUAGUUCAGCUCUCGAGUUUGAAGCAUCUUGAUUUAGGCAACAACCUCCUAACCGGAAAAAUCCCUUCCGAUUUCGGUAACCUCAAGAUGCUCAGCCGAGCGCUACUGAACCGAAACCAGCUCUCCGGUACAAUCCCGACUUCCAUCGGCAACAUGUACCGACUGGCCGAUCUGGAUUUAGGCAUGAACAAGCUUUCCGGUCAGAUACCGGAUAUUCUGGGCAAAAUGAAGGUUCUGGCGACAUUGAAUCUCGAUAGCAAUUCAUUUUCGGGUCAAAUAUCACCCGUCUUGCUAGCAAGCACGGGUCUGGGUAUCCUGAAUUUGAGCCGGAACGCUCUGGAGGGAAAGAUACCGGAUGUUUUCGGCGCAAAAUCGUAUUUCAUGGCUCUCGAUCUAUCUCGCAACAAUCUCAAGGGAGCCGUACCCGGUUCGAUAGCAUCGGCGGCAUAUAUCGGCCAUUUGGAUCUGAGCAAUAACCAUCUUUGUGGACCCAUUCCCAUCGGCGCACCAUUCGAUCACUUGGAAUCACCGUCGUUUGAGAACAACGAUUGCCUCUGCGGAAACCCGCUCAAGACUUGCUGAUGAAGAUCGAUUACUGGUCACCGGCAAGAAUAUCGGGUUGGUUAUUAAUUAAGUGUGGUUAAUUAAAAAGUUAUUAUGUAAUUUUCCUCUUUCUCCUAAUAUUCCACUGGGUUUGUAGUUUGUAUAUUGGAGUGUUCGUAAGUUGAAAAUCAAAAAUGAUUGAUCCAAAGAAGGAACCGAGACCAUUAAACCUUUGUAAGAUUGAGCUCGGUUUAUUAAAUCUACAUAAGAUUC